AUGUAUGUUCAUACUUGGGAAUAUCGUACUCCUAUUGAAGAAGUAAUGCGUUCUUUAGAUGAUGCAGUUAGAAGUGGCAAGGUACACUAUAUAGCAAUUAGUAAUACACCAGCAUGGGUAAUUAGUCGUGCAAAUACGAUGGUGAUUGGAG